AUAGGUUUUUCUAUUACUCUACAAAUAUGCGGUUGACUUUGCGCUUACUAUCCUCGGCGAUCGCAAAAAGACCAUUCUAUGUCACGACUCCGAUAUUUUACGUUAACGCUCCACCACACAUCGGUCACUUGUACUCAGCAGUAGUAGCAGAUGCCAUACAGAGGUUUGAAAAGCUCAUCAGUCCUGACUGUAAUGUCAUAUUCAGUACGGGUACAGACGAACACGGUACAAAGAUCCAGCAAGCAGCAUUAAAAGCUAACCUCUCCUUACCGCACUACUGUGACACCGUGAGCAAUGAGUACAGGCAAUUAUUCAAGGAUUUUGAUGUCGAAUACACGGAUUUUAUACGUACAACUGAGGAAAGACAUACUAAAGCAGUUACACAUUUCUGGAACGAGCUGCUCAAAAAUGAUUACAUUUACAAAGCAAAAUAUUCAGGAUGGUACAGCGUUAACGAUGAGGCUUUUGUACCCGAGACACACAUUAAAGAAGAGAUCAGAGACGGUGAGAAGAUAAAAGUGGCAACGGACUCGGGGCAUCCCGUCGAGUGGACUGAAGAGUCCAACUAUAUGUUCAGGAUGAGCGCCUUCAGAACUCACCUUCAGGAGUGGCUCAGGACUGAUGGUGUUGUGACACCGGCCAAAUACCAAAAGCAGCUUCUGGACAUGCUGAGAAACGACACUUAUUUCCCGGACAUAUCCGUCAGCAGACCUUCGUCCAGAGUGCACUGGGCCAUUAGGGUCCCAAACGAUGAGGAGCAAAGCAUAUACGUGUGGCUGGACGCUCUGAUCAACUAUCUGACUGUGAUCGGCUACCCUGACGACGACGCGAUGAAGCUCCGCGGCCGACCCUGGCCGGCCGACGUCCACGUCAUCGGGAAGGACAUCCUCAAGUUCCACGGGCUGUACUGGCCCGCGUUCCUGAUGGCGGCGCGCCGGCCCCCGCCGCGGCGGCUGCUGUGCCACGCGCACUGGACCGUGGACGGCAGCAAGAUGUCCAAGUCGCGCCGCAACGCCGUGCCCCCCCGCCGCGCGCCCGCGCCCCCCGCCGCGCUGCGCUACCUGCUGCUGCGGGGGAGCACCCUGCCGCACGACGCCAACUACAGCGAGACGAAGCUGAUCAACAUCGCGAACUCCGAGCUGGCGGACACGCUCGGCAACCUCGCCUCGCGCUGCUGCGGCGCCGCGCUCAACCCGCGACAAGAGUUCCCCGCGCUGCGCCGCCCGCACCCCCGCGCGCGCCCCCUGCGAGACGCGCUCGACCGCCUGCCCGACGCGUGCUACGAGCACUACACGAACUAUGAGUUCUACAAGGUGGCGGACGCGGUGAUGCACUGUCUCCACCAAGCGAACCUGUUCUUCGAGACUGAGAGGCCCUGGGAGUUAAAGAACAGGGCGGAGUGUCAGUCGGAGCUGGACGCGGUGCUGCACAUCACGAUGGAGACGCUGCGGGUGUGCGGCAUCGUGCUGCAGCCGCUGGUGCCGGGGCUGGCGGGGCGGCUGCUGGACCGGCUGGCGGUGGCCGAGCGGGGCUGGCGGGACCUGCGCCCCUCGUGGCAAGCAGCUGACGCCAUACACGAGACCAGACGCAUCCAGGGCGGGAAGUUCGUGCUGUUUCCCAGGAUUAGUAAAGACAAGGACAAUUUGCACAAAAAGCAGGCGAGUGCGUGACGGCCAGAGAUACCGCCACGCGAUGUCAAACAAAUAGUCUCAGCAUCAGUGUGCUUAGUGCGAGUUUCUUAACGUUCUCGAUAGCGUAAAAGUUAAAUCAAUUUUGUAUGCAGUCGGAACAGCGCCCCUAGCGGCGAACGUACGCAAACGAGCCCAUUCCAUACAAAUAUGAGCUAACUUUUACGCUAUCGAGAGCGUUAAGAAACUCGCACUAAGCACACAGAGUAUCUUUACAACUCUGCUUAAAUAUAUCAUGAGGGUACUUCCAUCUAAACUCAAAGGGGCGAUAAUAUCGAGCCCCGUCGUGUCGAAUUGACGAGAACUGUAUAUAUACUAUUAGUAAGUUGCGGCUUUCAAUCAGCCCUACCACAGUUGAUGUCCAUGGGCGACGAUGAUAACGUGUAACAUAUUAUUCUGAUCUUAGUGAACGUUCUUUGUGAUGGAUCGUAUGAUUAAAAUUU